UAAUCUUGUCUUGCUUGAAGGAAAUGUUAUCAAUUGAAUUGUACGUACCGUAGUGAAUAGUUUUCAUUAUUUUGAGAAUUCUAUUUUUUUUCGGAAAUGGUCAAAGUUUAGUAGUGAAGAGUAUUUAGAGACAGCAUUAAUGGCCAAACUACCGAAUGGCUGGGUUCAGCUGGUACCUGUCUGAAGGCUUCCAAGUGAUAAUUGAAAAGUCGAAAGAAGCGAAAUGCUCUCUAAAAGACGUACAAUUGCGUUUCUUGUGCCCUGAUGAUUUGGAAGAGGUUCGAUCGCUAUGCAGAGACUGGUUUCCCAUAGAAUAUCCGCAGUCAUGGUAUGAAGACAUAACAUCGUCAGAGAGAUUCUUUGCGCUCGCCGCCGUGUACAAAUCACAGAUCAUCGGCCUAAUUGUUGCCGAGAUCAAGCCUUAUCUAAAACUGAACGCAGAAGACAGAGGGAUAUUGUCGAGAUGGUUCGCGUCAAAGGACACGCUUGUUGCGUACAUACUCUCUUUAGGCGUAGUUCGCUCGUACCGGCGCUCGGGCGUGGCGACGAUGCUGCUCGACGUGCUGAUCAACCACCUGUCGGGCUCCAUCCCGCAGCCGCCGCACGAGCACCGGGUCAAGGCCAUAUUCCUGCACGUGCUAACCACCAACUCGGAGGCGAUACUCUUCUAUGAAAAGAGAAGAUUCCGCCUCCACUCGUUUCUGCCUUACUACUACUCAAUAAAGGGCCGCUGCAAAGACGGGUUCACGUACGUCUACUACGUGAAUGGGGGCCAUGCACCGUGGGGUCUCUACGACUACGUGAAGUAUGUAGCGCGAGCGGCCUGGCGAGGCGGCGGACUUUACCCGUGGCUGUGGGGCAAACUGCGCACCGCACUAACCAUAGCUUGGCACAGGUAGUCCACACACGACUUAGGGUCAUAACACCCUGUUUGCGACCACCUACUUAUUAGCAUCUAAACGACGGAUCACUCGUUAAACUACUCACACAUUACUAAAACAGUGAAAAUUACCUAAAGCCUUCUAUAAAUGCCUGGAUGUGACAGGUAUUUUCCAACUGUUCCAAAGAUUGAUUCGUCGUUUUAAUACUAAUAAUUAUAUGGACGGAAACAAGCGACAUGACCCUACACUUACGCCGGCAUACCUGGAAAUCAUGAUCAUGACAGUGAAACUUUUUGCACUCGCAUCUCUGUUAUUCUGCCACGUUAUUGGUAAGUAUGACGGAGAUGUGUGUGUAAUUGUUUCAAGAUAUAAAGGUAAUGUCGGCGUAGUGAAAGCUUUCGAGUGAGCGAGGUGAUAGUGACUUCUCUAUGACGUGAUAAUGUAUAUUUUUAAACUGCAAUAAGAACAGACCUUUACAGGUUGUUGCUACUUAUAGACUAUGGCCAUGAUCGACAAAAUAAGACUAAUAACAGUAAAUUAUAUUAUAUUAAUUAUUCUAUUUUAAUAUCGUAUGAGAUGUCCUCUGCAAUGUUUGCAUGGCAAGUCACUGCCACGUCACUCACUAUGACGUCAUUACCAACACUAAUCAUCGGUGAUACUCAACUUCGGCUCUCAGAGGCAACGUGAACGAGAAAAGCAUUAACUAGAUUAUGUGAUAUAUUAUUAUUCUUUCGAAUUAAACGCCUUAUUAAACAUAGAAAUCAAUAUUCAACAGGUGACCCUGGGAGCCGAAAUCAGUAUAAACAUUAUACAGGGUGAUUCAACUGUAUGUGGUAGAACAAAUCCGAAACUAAGUCGUCUUUGGGCAUUUAAAGCUUGUUUUCUCAUAGUUUAGGAUCUGUCCAAUCACUGAUACUUCACCCUAUGUGGUUUUCUUAAACAAAUUGGCGCAAAUGAAUUACAAAACAUAUACCAAAGGAUGACACGGCAUACACGACGAUGACAUAAGAAUUUUAUGACAAAUAAGUUACUCUAGGUUUAAAUAAACGUGAACAGGACAUAGUACAAGAACUUGUGUAAUCCUUUGUCAGUUCGCCAGUUUGUUUGAAGUGAACGAUAUUUGAUAGCUACUCACGACUCGCGUCCACUUCAGUUAUUAUCGGUGUAAAUCGUAGCACACGAAUUUAUGGAAAGUAAUAAGUGACUAUAGGAUGUACACUGCACGGGAACGUACAGAAUACAUUAUAAGCUGCUCCCUAAUUGUGUAACUCAGUAUCUAUAUUGCAUUCAGUUUAAAUUGUACAUAUUGUCAUUUUCGUUGCAAAAUAACACCUACUAGUCUUCUACUACUUAAGGUGGCAAUACCUAUAUUUGUGAAUUCCGACUUUUUAUGAUGGGUGUAUCAGAUUGCCACAAUACAAUCAGUCGUAAUCGUAAUAGAUAUUGAGUUAAACAAUUAGGACCCUGGUUGAAGUGGUAUUGUACCUCGCAAAUGAAUCGUGAACGUAUUGUCCACGGCAUAUGGACCAUGUUUGAUUGACUGACAUACUCGGAAAGGGUCGAGGUGAUGUGUGCAGAAAUGCACUUCUUCAUGAAUAUACGUUAGUCGACGUUUUGGAUUGUCUUAUGAAAUCGAUUUUUACAAAAUAUAUCGAUUUUGUUCGUUCAUGUAAAUGUUAUUACUGAUAAUUAAUGUAAAAAACUAAGAGCAGAAGAACAAAAUUUUAUGCAUCGCGAUCUCUUCAUCUUUUAGCGACAAAUAAUUUUAUAAAUGGUCUCUUCGCAAUUUUAUUGUUGUACAUACAUCGAUUGGCUUAGUGAGGGAAAUAUGUAUAGCAUGAUAUUAUGUAUCCGCCUUUACGUUGGUUUUUGGAUGACUAAUGUUCGAUGUGAGCAUGGGGUAUCGUGCAAAAGUCAAUUGAAAUUAGUAUUUAGUGUUAAUUUAGUUCAGUUGAUGGUGAUCGAAACAAAUUAUAAUCGUCGAUGACGCAGACGUUAUUGUCGUUGUUAUUAAACUUGACAAUCCAAGACGCAAUUAUAACAAACGAAUUAUAUUUCAAUUCAUUAUUUUACUCGUAAUCAUUCAUUGUUACUUUAUUUUUCAUAAAACAUUAUAACAAUAGCCAAAGAAUGAAACCUAAUAAUUUCUGUAUUUUAUCACCAUCAACUAUUAGUGAAUGUGAGUCACAUAUUAUUUAACUACUUCACACAGUAAUACACGUUUCAUAAUGUAUUAUUUUUUAAUGAUUUAGUUAUUAAGUUAAAAUACAACAAAUCCUUUUAUUUUUCUUCCGAAUUAACUUACGAAAUUCUUUGUUGUAGAUCAAUGUAUCCCAAAAAAAUCUCUUCACCGUUAUAAUUUUUCACUAUUUGCUACAUUAUCGUAAGUUCUCACAUAACUUAGAGGUGCAGUGUUUGUGCAGUCAUUGUCGCAAUUUAAAUUUUAAGGUAUUUUAUUUUAACGCACGAAAACAGUCCUACUUACCCUUUUCAGCGGCAGAUUAAUAAUUGUUUACCGCAUUCUGAACGUUCGCGUAUACGUCACCCUAUUAGAUACUCAACUCGCUACUCCAAUUCUAAGAUGGUGUUUUGUGAUAAUUAUUAGUACUCGAAGCUUUAAAUUGUAAAUGAGUACACAAAGUACAUUUUCAUGUUUUACGAAUAUUGUAAUUGACAUCUCAUUUGCCUGUAAAUGUAACAUUGAAAGUUGUAACAAAUGUAAGAGAAUUGCAGAAAUAUUGUAAAGACAGUAUUGUGUGCCAUGUAUAACUGCCAAGAAAAUUAAAGUAAGGUGCCUGUGUGUUCAGUAUAAGAUGUAAUUUUACAGAUAAACAUUAAAUUAAUACUAAUUUAUUCAAAUUUAUACCUACAUCAAUAGUGUGACGAAGUGAAAUAUUUUCAUUGUAAUAGAUAAUAAUUAAAAAUUAUGUUAAAAAUCCUGGUCCAUUUUAGCUACUCCGCUAUGAACUUGUUUCUGCACUGAACCUUACUUAUGUACGUAGAGGCCUAUUCGUUACUCAUUGUAAACCAAAGUAUUUCAUCAUUUGUUAUUAUUACUUACUCAUUAUCCAUAUUUUAUUCUUAGUCAAGUAUUAAUUAAAUUAUUGUUAAGUGUUUUUAUAAUAAAUGAGUAUUAUUUUUGGACCACAAUAAAUUAUUUUAUUAUUCCAUUGAUUUUGUAUUUGUGAUAUUGUCCUAAUUGGAAAUAUUUUCAUAUUGUGCACUUGGUUUAAAAUGUUGAAUUAAUAUUUUGUGUAUUUUUGCUAGAUAUCGAGGCUCCGCGGCCUGUGAUCUUUUUAACACUAGCACUCUCCUAAGUAAUAUUGAAUAUAAAUUUAUGUUAUAUUUCUACUCUACACUUUAGUACAUGACUAUUAUGAAGAAAGAAUUUAGCUUCCAAAUAAAUAUCAUUGUUGACUA